AUGAGGCAGCUCGAUUCUAUCCGGUGGAGUUCCUGGGAGGAACCUAUUCCAGAGUUGAUCCUCGAGAGCCUAACGCAACAUUGGCCUAGUACCAUACUCCAUGUCGAAGAUCUUCCAAUUGGUCACAAGACAGAGGACACUCAAGUGCAACGGCAUGAUCUCGAGAUCCUGGACACACUUCUAGGCUGCCAGAAUAUACAAUCCGUCAAGGCUAACAUCAAUUACGAACAUCCUGCAUCAACUAGGCGCCUCAAAGAAGUUCUGAUGAGCUGUCCGAAAUUAGAAGUCUUACACCUGCGCAUCCCAAGAAAAGACGUGGGAUUGAGAUGGAGUUCUGAUUGGCCUGGGCCACAGGACUUUGGCGUUGAACCAGGUGACAGGCUUGUCCCUCUACGAGAACUCGUUUACGAGUCCCGUCCAUUGUAUGGCCGGGAUGGGCUCAUCCCCAAAAGCUUCUGGGAUUUUACACGACUUCGUCAUCUAGAGAUUCGAGGGAUAGAUAUGAUCAACUUUGUUAAAUCAAUACCAGGUCAAAUCACAUGUCUUGAGACUUUAAAGAUAGAGAACUUUUGUUGUGCAGAGGAGUGGGAAGUUGGAGCUGAGGUAUUAAACGACUUCAUGUCGGAAAUACACGGCCUGGUCAAUCUCGAAUUGAUAAACCCGAUAUUCAACCGCUCAAUCCACCGCUUCCUCUCUAUCUUAACCCAGCAAAGCGAAACACUAGAGAGACUGACGUUCCGUAAGCCCAGGCGUUGCUGCGCCCCAUAUUCUGUUUUGGUAGGAAAUCCAUUUUCCGUCCAAAGUCUAGAUAUACUCGGGGCUUCUUGCUCAAAGUUAUCCUCGCUUACUCUGGACAUUAUCAUCACAGAUGACUUGCCUUAUGACUUUCUCUCCGCUGUGGGACGGUUUCGAAACCUCGAUACCAUCCGUCUAUACGCCCGGUUCGACAACGAGGCUUUCGACGCCAAAUACCGUCCGCUUCUCCAAGCCGAUAUUCUGACGGUCCGUCAUCUCGCCUCCUACCUCUGCAGCCAUAAAACCGGCACUGCCUUCAAAAAGAUCGAGGUCAUUCUGGGGGAGGCACCUAGGGUCCCCUACUACGUGCGUGAAGAAGAACGUCCUGAUAUUAUAUUCAGGUGCCGGAUUGAAGAAAGCGGCGAUGUCAUCGUUGAAGACGAUAGUCAUGAAAUCGAUAACGUUAAGUGGGCGGAAUAUCUCGACCGCGAGAGACUUAGCAAGAAACGUGGCAGGACUUACCCCAUCGAUCUAGAAGAGCUGGAGAACUGGAAUAGGGCUGGAGAGGAAGCGGAUCAAAUCUUCGCCGGUGUUGGGGUGAUGGAUGUGUAUGAGGAUAUGGGAAGCCUUUUCGGCAGUUCCCAAGACUCGGAGCCUGAGGUUGAGGAAUAGUGGGAAAUCCCCGCUCGAAUCAGAAUCAUGACGAGUGCUAGUGUGGAGUUUAUUGAGAACCAGUGCCUUUUACGUAUACUACUCUUGUCUUACUCACAUUGAAUUGAGGUCGUGGAGGCAAGUCUGUAUUUAGCACUUACUUUUGAAUUAGCGAGACUAGGUAGAUAUCAGUGCUAUGAAG